GGCGCCUGCGCCGGUUGUUUUCGGCGAUGGCUGGCGGUGCUCGGGGUCUUUGCGCUGGGUUUCCACUCUGCAGGCAACUCAGUGGGUUCAGGACGAGUGACGGCGCACGAAAGAGGCUCAGUUAUGAUGUGGCCAUUGUUGGAGGCGGAAUCGUUGGACUGGCAUCUGCUAGAGAACUGAUACAGCGGUUUCCUAAAUUGACAUUCAUUGUACUGGAAAAGGAAAAGGAACUUGCUUUCCAUCAGAGUGGACAUAACAGUGGGGUUAUUCACAGUGGAAUUUACUAUACACCAGGAUCUUUAAAGGCUCAACUGUGUGUGCGGGGUGCUGAACUAAGCUAUGCUUAUUUUGAGAAGAAAAGUAUCCCUUAUAAAAGAUGUGGUAAGCUUAUUGUUGCUGUUGAUCGAGAAGAAGUUCCACAGUUAAAAGCUUUGUUUGAACGUGGACAGCAGAACAAUGUCCAAGGCCUGAGACUUAUUAGUGGAAAGGAAAUCAAAGAGCGAGAGCCCUAUUGUAAGGGUUUGAUGGCCUUGGAUUCUCCAAACACAGGCAUUGUAGAUUGGAGAGAGGUGGCCCUAUCGUAUGCAAAAGAUUUUUGUGAAAUGGGUGGGAAUAUAGAAACACAGUUUGAAGUAACUGACUUCCAGAGUACUAAAGAAAGUCCUGAAGGCAGUAAAGAUGGUUUAAAGUAUCCAAUUACCAUCAGGAGUCUAAAGCAGAAAACUGCAAUACAGUGCAGGUAUGUUGUGACAUGUGGAGGUCUCCAUUCAGAUAGGCUUUCACAGAAAUCUGGUUGUAGCUAUGAUCCGAGUAUAGUGCCUUUUCGAGGAGAUUACCUGGUGCUAAAACCAGAGAAGCGCUAUUUAGUAAAAGGGAACAUUUAUCCUGUUCCAGAUCCAAAGUUUCCUUUUCUUGGUGUACACUUUACACCGAGAAUGAAUGGGAGCGUCUGGCUUGGACCCAAUGCAGUUUUGGCAUUUAAACGCGAAGGUUACAAUGUUUAUGAUUUUGACCUGCAUGAUUUUAGAGAAGCAAUAUGUUAUAGUGGGGUUCAAAAACUUGCCAUGAAACAUGUUGUAUUUGGUAUAAAUGAAAUGUAUAGAGGAAUCAUUAUCAGUGCCCAAGUGAAACAGCUUCAGCGGUAUAUUCCACAGCUUACCGUCAAUGACGUUAUGAGAGGCCCAUCCGGAGUAAGGGCACAAGCCUUGGACAAAAAUGGUAAUCUAGUAGAUGACUUUGUGUUUGAUGGAGGCUCUGGACCUAUUGGGAGCCAAGUUCUUCAUGUUCGAAAUGCACCUUCACCUGCAGCAACCUCAUCCUUAGCCAUUGGAGAAAUCAUUGCUGAUGAAGCAGAGAAACGAUUUAAUUUGUAGAUUUUUAUGGCUUUAAUUUUGGAAGAUGCAAAAUUCUUAAACUCAGAUUGAAAAUUUGAAUGCUACAGAUUGUUCUGAUUUUAAAAUUCUUACACUAUUGUAUGUAACUUUCAUUUCUGAAUUUGAUCAGUGGUAUGUUUUUAAUACAAGCUUAGACACUAAGAAAGUUUGCAAUUUAUUAUUACUGUUGUACUGUAACUCGGG